GGUUUUCCCUGGUAUUAUUGGUACUUUUGUUGCCGACGGUUCCAUGCCAGAUAACAGAGGGUGACAUGCCGAGAGAACUAAUGGAAUGCGUCCGGCUAAAUAAAAAUGAAAAUGGCGUCCCUGGUUCUCCUUACAAUACGACUGACGAUAUACAUACACACUGUCUUCAGUUAUUCUUGUGGAAAGCAGAAAAUGUUCAAUGGAGUGACUUCAACAUCACGCAGAAAGACAGAGAUUUCAUCAACUCUCUCGUAGGAUCGUUUGUUCGCCGUGGUCGGACUCGGACAAAGCGGCAGACCGGGCCAGGAGGGCCAAUGAGACGUGGGCGUAUAUUUCCACAGACAGGCUUCAGGGUUCGACGGGAAUACAGAAGGCUUUCAGAUCCAGAACGAUUUGCAUUUCAUGCUGCAAUUAAUCAAAUGAAAAUGUCGGGGCAGUACAACACUUUUGCCAAUCUGCACCAAGGUAUGGUCGUGACCUCUGCUCAUAAUGGACCGAAUUUCUUUGGUUGGCACAGGGUUUAUGUCGCCUUGGUAGAAGAAGCGUUACGUCGUAUAAACCGCAGGCUAUCACUGCCAUAUUGGGAUUCAACGCUUGACUUUAACAUGAUGAAUCCGGCUAAUUCAAUAAUCUGGUCAACGCCUUUUCUUGGAAAUGGCGACGGGUUUGUCACAACAGGCCCUUUCGCCAACUGGGAAACGCCAGUUGGCCGAUUAACAAGAAAUGUAGGCGGUGGUAGUAGAUUGUUUUCGACAGAAGUUAUACGCGCAAUAAUGACACGCUGUCGUAUAAGAGAAAUAAGCGAACCAACUGCGCAGCCACAGUUUAAUCUCGAGCUUGCUCACGGUGGGCCACAUGUUUGGGUUGGUGGUCAAAUGUCUGGUCUGAAUACAGCGGCACAUGACCCGGUAUUCUUCCUUCAUCACGCAUUCGUUGACUAUAUUUGGGAGAUGUUUCGUAUGAGACAAGCUAGAUUUUGCGGCGUUAAUCCUUCAAGAGAUUACCCCCCUGCAAUGGGUGAACACGCCGCUCAAAGACCUAUGGAUGGGUUUCCUCAGUAUCGGAAUAUCGAUGGAUAUCGUGCCUACUGGACACGCUUUUGGUACAGGUACGAACGUUCACCAACCUGUGCCAGAUGGAGGCCAUUUUGUGGGACUCCGUAUUUACGCUGCGACAUUGGAAGGCAACGUUGUGUUUCAGUUGCACGGAGAGUAACAGCCGCCCCUGCAGGUAUCGCAGGAGCAAGAGCUGUGGCGUUUGGAGGAAGAAACCAACCACAGACAAUGGCUUCUUCAUUGCGAGCUAGAGCACAGGAAUCAACAGUACGUAUUGGCCCUCGCUUUAGAGCACCACCAGCUGAACCAAGAACUCUGGAUGCUCGGAUAGGUAUGACUGGCAGAAGAUUCCGACGAGGUGUUAAUCAGACAAAAGAAAAGAAAGCUGACACUACUGAUAAACUAAAAACGAACAAGCCUUCCAAAGCAAACAUCGGACCUUUGUUUGCUGCCCCGCCAUCUGACGGCCGUACUUCUGACAUUCUAGGUGACGCAUCUGUCGGAGGCGUAAUUGGCUUUGAUCCUAUAGCAGAAUCAGCACUAGCGGGAGGAUUCCUUUUUCCCGAGGCAGAACCACAACCUCUUUUACCAAGUUCUGAAUUUCAGACAACGGCUACAAAUGACAUGCUGAGAGAACCUUUACGGAACACAUUCACUCUGGACGGCCAAACUAAUAUUAACAAUUGGUCCUUUAUCCCUGUCAGAGUCAUCUAUACUAAUGAUCAGCAAAGCCGUUUCCAGAAUUUGCCUGAAUUUAACAACCCAUAUUCACCAUACCACAGUCCGCUUGAUUCUUCAAAAGUUCCCGAUGUUGAAAGAUGCAUUCAGGACCCUUCAGGUGCAAUCCAAGUCAGGGUGCAGUCAAGCGGGCUCAAUUAUUAUGGCACGUUCUCUGAUUACGCUCUAAUUAACACCCAUCUGCCCGUCGAUUCUGCUAUUACCUUCAUUGGAAUCAAGUCUCCAAGUAACUCAACAAGUGAGUUGAUUUUGACAGCUGUCCAUUCCUGCGGUCUCAUGUGUCAAGCGCUUUGUCUAAUUCCAAAUUCAAAUCCCCGAGUAUUUAAAUCAUGCAAUGGAGUGUUGAGGGUAGCCGCAAAUGAUCCAAGUCUUUAUGGUAAUAACUACAAGGAAGCAAUAGCUAAUGCUUGGAAAGGGACACAAUUUAAAAAUCCCUUCACAGAAAACGUAAGAGUUGUCUUCCAUUGUUCAAGUACCGAUAUAUCACCAUGGAUUCCGAACAGCGUGAAACAAACUUCCAAGAGCGCUGCUGUAGCCUAAAAUGACGCCAUCUGUCUGACUUGCAGUUAUGCAUAAUAAACGUUUGACUUCCAGUAAUCAAGAUUAUUUCUUGUUUGUGUAUUGUAAUAAUG